CCAUCUCCACCCUCCUUUUCCCAGUGGACAAAUGUGGACGUAAAAAUAUUUGAGCAAAUCCUACAUCUGGUUGGCUGUUCACUCCUUCAUAUACUUCCACACGCAGAGAAUUGUCUCCACUUCCAAAAUGGAAAAGUCUGCUGGGGGCUAAACAAGCUUUCUUUGGCUUGGUUUUUAGCGUGAAACGUGUGCCAGGGGGUAAAGCGACACCUCGUAGAGACUGAAGACUUUUUGCACAGGAAACUGAAAGAACUUUACAACUCCCGUUCCUGAAUCAUCUUGCAUAAUCAACGCAAUGGAAACAGAAUCUACCUAUAACCUGACUGCACCCACUGUGUCUUUGUUGCACCAUAACAUGACAAACACAUGUGACUACAUAUCCACCUCAGCCUCGCAGUAUCAGAAGAAAGUUAUCCCAACCUUGUACAGUCUCAUUUUCCUAUUAGGUUUUCUUGGUAACAUGCUGGUGGUGUGCGUAUUGUAUCACAGUUCAGGCCGAAGGACGGUAGCCAACACGUAUCUGAUGAAUCUAGCCAUGUCAGACUUGCUGUUCCUGAGCUCUUUACCAUUCUGGGCUGUUUACUAUUCGCUGGAUUACAACUGGGUUUUUGGGAAGGUCAUGUGUAAGCUGUGUGGAGGUCUGGUAACGAUAAACGUCUACGCUAGUAUAUUUUUCAUCACCUGUAUGAGUGUGGAUCGCUAUCAUGCCAUUGUCUACCCACUGCACUCUCAGAGCAGCAGGAGCAUAAAUCAGGCCAGAUGUGUCAGCGGCAUCAUUUGGGUCGUGGCGGCUUUGACGACGUUGCCGACAGUUGUGUUCCGUGACAUACACACUUUUCCCAGUAACAACAUUACGGCCUGUGUCAUUUAUUUCCCCAGCUCCUAUUGGCAAACUGGGUUAACUCUUGGAAAGAACACUCUGGGAUUCUUCUUGCCAUUUCUCGUCAUUGCAACCUGCUACAGCCGAAUCGCCGUGCACCUUCUGGCCACCCCAAACUACUUGGAGCAAGACUCCACCCGACUGGUCCAUGUGUUGCGUAUGGUGGUCGCUGUGGUUCUGGCGUUUUUCUUUUGCUGGUUCCCGUUCCACGUUCUGGCGUUCCUCGGAGCUCUUGGGGAGCUGGGUGUGGAUUGGGAUUGCUGGGUACUUCAAGUGAUCCAUAAACUCCUGCCGUUCUUCCUCUGCCUCGGCUUUUCCAACUCUGCCAUAAACCCUUUCCUGUACUGUUUUGUGGGAAAUCACUUCCGAGAGAAGCUGUGGCAGUUUUACGGGGAUAUGCUGACACAGAAAAGAGAUUCCAUCAGCACGAGACUGUCUUCCUUCUCCAGGAAACUGAGUGAUCUCAAAGAAACCGUGCCUAUGGAGAUGCUUGAGCAGCAGAGCAGCGCGUAGUGGAAUCUGGUGAAUCUCCACCUUUACAUACUGUUAUUAUAACUGCAGAGCACCGUGUCAGUGUUGCUCAAGUGCUUUCCCAAGUACUGACACUUACUUGGGAUGAUCAGGUCAGAUGUUGUUGUUAUAAUUGUGAUUGUGUCACUGUGUCUUGUUUCUAACAGUGGUUGUGAUUGGCUCCGGCACCUAUAAACAACAUUUGGUUGCAUAACAAUGUGUAGAGAUAUAGCCCACAUAUUAUUCUCGGAUCAGACUUUACUCAGGAUGAGGAGUUUGCUGAUUUUUCUGCACAGAUAUAU